UUAAUGUACCACUGGACAUAGCAAUCCAAAGAGCAUUGAUGGAUCAUGAUGCCUGCUUUGUCACUUUUGGUAGUAACACCUGUGUGGUUGUCAAGCAGUGUGGCCAUUUUGCUGUAUUUGAUCCUCACAAACGCAACAGUCAAGGUCAUGUGGAUGGAAAGACAGGUAAAGCUGUGGUUGUUUAUCACUCUGACUACAGAGCGCUGUAUGAGCACCUGGAGAAGCUGGCCCAACAACUGCUUCCUUAUUUCCGCACACUUGAAGACAUGCCAUUUGAGGUCAGAGGAGUCACGGUGAGAAUCACUGGCGACAAGGUGCAACAUUGCGACAUGCCAACCACAAAGGAAGACAAUGUAAAAGACAGCAAUGUCAACAAAAGCCAAAUACAGAGACCACUUUACAGUGCUGUGUUGAAGGGAGAACAUACCAGUAAGAGACCAGCUACAUGCACCAACUCCUUGUAUGAACAUGUGACCAAAAAGAAGAGAGAUUCCUUUGAAGUAAGUAAUUCCGAUGUGCAGACAAUUGCAAACAGCCCACAACCAGUAAGUGCUAUGAACACAUCACAUGGCAAUGACACUGAUAAAAAUACAGAUGUUGAGAUAACAAAUGUAUCCAAGAUGUCAUUUCCAUACAAGCCACUGAGUGCAGUGACAAAAGGAAGACUUUGUUCACAGAUGGGUGUGAGAAGUGAGAAUACAAAGCAGCUGCCACCUCAGGAAAUGCCAGCUAUGGGAAGAGUCUGUGAAACUAAAUCAAUUGCAGGUGAUGGCAAUUGUUUCUUUCGAGCUUUAUCCUAUGCCAUUUCAGGAAGUGAGAAUGGACACAUGAAAUUGCGCCGGGGAAUCGUUGAGCACCUGGAAACACUGCAGGUUGACAUAUACACAUUUAAUGCAGACAGAUGGAAUCAUUACCCAUGCAUUCACAUACCAGGUAACCAUCAAGCAGGAAACAGAAGUGCUGAGGCCAUUUACCUGAAUCACAAGGAUGGGAAUCAUUACGAUGUUGUGACAUGUGUAAAGGAUGCACACAAUGACUCCAUAUGUGCCUCAUUUGACAAACAGGGCGGUCAAGAUGAACAAAGUUCAGAUGGAAAUACAAAGAAGGAACAUUAUCAUGCAGAUCGUUGGUCAAGAAAGAGGAAGUUGAAGGCUUUGGAGGAAACCUAUGCAGCGAAGAAAGAGGAGAUUUCACAGAAGAGAAAAGCAAUGAGCACCUACUUGUCACGAUGA